AUGAGAGAGAGCGAUACCGUUGGCCCAUACCUGCGGGCAUCAGCAGCUGUUGAUGAUGAUGAUGAUGAUGAUGAUGAUGGUGGUGGUGGUGGUGGUGGUGGUGGUGGUGGUGGUGGUGGUGGUGGUGGUGUUUAGUCAUCAAUGAGACACCGGUGCUCAAGGAAAACGGAGGUUAGAAGGACCAGUUUUAGUUUGCCCUACACUGUCAAGAAGAUAGGCUUAAUCAGAACUUGAAGAUGUAGUGCUCUCUCGAGUUUAGUUUGCUGCUUUGCGAAUGUGAAAAUUCAUUCCACAUAGGGAUCUGCUGACUUUGGUAGGUACGCCUACCUCAAUGAUGUGCCUAUACCUGCUAUACAACCGCCUAUGAAGACUGUGGCCUUGAGUUUUGAGGCAGAACGGGAUCUGUGAUUGCCACGUGCAUUUAAAGCAGCCCUGAACACGCCAUUUCGAAUGCUGAGAAUACCAGCUACAUAAUGUAGGGCAUUAACACAUUAGUCAGGCGUUGUAAGUCACGACUGUAGACCUGCUUCUUUGAGGCCUUUCCGUAUUCGGGUAAGGUACGGCUAUCUAUUAACGGCAAAUCAUUCAAUCGUUUUGGUACAUCUCUGUGAACAAAGAUACUGGGUUUAGAGUCCACAUCGAUUAGGCGAGGCAUAGGCACAUGGUUCAGAGGCGAUGGACUUCCCAACCGCAUCUCUCCGUCUCAUAGACAGAGUAUUUUAGGAGUCCGUGUUGUUUCUGAUCGUGGAUGAGCAGAAGAUCUGUCUGAUGUCUGCAGUUGUGUCCACCACGCGGAUAUGAUAGUGUCUCGGUAAUGUCCUUUAACUUAGGAAACGCAAGACAUGUGUCUGACUAGUACACGUUUCUGCAGUAUAUUAAAAAUGUGUCUUGAAUAUUCAGCUGAAAUUCGGUUGUUUUCGAUCUUGUUGCAAUGCACGGCGCACCUAUUUACCCGAUAUCGGUAUGUUGAAUAACAGAGACUAAAACUUUAAAAUGAUGAAAAGUCCCCGAAAACCGAUCUAAGAGUCGUCACCUUCAAACUCGUUUUCCAGCGUUUAAUUAUUUGGAUUCCAUCUGGCUGCAAGCGUGGUUGAACUCUGACUUAUGACAGACGCCCAGGAUCAUACAAAUAUCAACGUAAUCUCUCAUAUGCCAGACUAUGGCGAUUUUAUUGGUUAUAACGCCAAACUUAAUAAAUAUGCUAAGGAAAGAGGUGACCGAUAACUCGUUUUGUCUAAAGGUCCCUUUUUACGACAGCUUCCAGCCCCUUAUAGCCGUGGUCUCAUUUUCAUCGCCAGCACUUGCAUGUGCGCGCUUUGUUCCGUAAUCUGACAGGAUGCAAUGCGCCUCGAUUGCCGGAUGAGCUUUUUGGUUAAAACUAUUCCAUAACUCUGGAGGAUUAGCCAUCAGAGAUACCUCCUGACUGUAGAAGUGCGUACACAUUCAGCUUGCUUGGCCUUGGAGAUCGGCGCCUGCAGUCAACGCAGAAAGCGCGGAAGUCAGGAAUAAUCGGUGAACAUUCCUCACAAACAAUGUAUUUUCCAUCUCAUUCGGCUGAGCCUAGGCCCAGUGGCUCGAGCAUUUGGAGCGCUGACCUUGAAAGUGCCCAAUAAUCUGUCAGAGUCCAGUUUAAACCUCGGGUGCGGCAGCACCUGCAGUUGGAAUACCAGUGACAGCAAGAGUAAGGCUAGCUUUUUGUUGGAGUUGGUGUAUUUAUGGUUGCUACUUAUUUCGCUUCGGCAGGUUGUAUUAAUUAGGCUUCAAGACUGAAUCGUGGUAUUUAAUCCGGUUAAAACCUUUUCGCGUAAUCCCUCGUUCUUACUUUGCUCUUACAAACAGAAUGCAUUUCAGGUUACUAGUUAAACCGGCUAGGUAAUUUUACUGGGGAGCAAACUUGGUACAAAUCCAUACAAGCCGUAAUUACAGACUGUCCGUGGAACGCGCAUUCGAGUUUAUUAACUAAUGCAGUUCUGAUGUUUCAUAUGGUUAAAUACCACUGGUUGCCCGUGCUAAUCGUAGUUUGAUCAAAGAGAAAAGUGCUGGGCUCAUCCCCUUUUGCAGCUUUUCUGCCUUUGGCAAAUAACAAUGCAAUCUAUUAAUCAAAUUACCUUUUGACCAGCACCUUCCUUGUUCGCAGUUUCCACAAUGGCAACACGAUCGGUGCGCGCCCCCUAACAUUGUAUAUUCCCGAUCGAAAACCGACAAGGCAACGGGCUCAUGGCCCGGCGGGUAGAAGCGUGGACUUCCAACCCAACAGGUCGCGAGUUCGAGGCUCGGGUGUUCCACACUUCGGGCUUGGGUAUGGCUGGCUGACGACGGCUAAUAAGCCAAAAAUGGCCAUUCCAGUCUCCCUUGUCUUUGUCAGUAAUGUCAUUCUGCCUAUAUAUCAUGCACCGCUGUGCGGCUGCUGGUUGGGCUCGAGAGAGAGCCCUUAAGGCACAACGGAACGAGUGAGUUCCGUAUGAACGAUCGGUGAGCGCCUCCUACCAAUGGCAACAUUGUGCAAGACAGGCAGUUAGUAUGGACCUGCUGUCUGACGAAAUGAAAAUACGAACCUGCAUUCCCACCCACCGUACUUAACAAUACUUUUCUUGAAAUUGAUCCCGCAUUAAGUUGCAUUUUAACGCUGCACUUGAACGUAAUGACAUUCGAAUAUCGCGAAGGUUCUCUGCUUUAUGCAUUAAGUGUAACAAUUUUUCUUCCCGUGCUACUGCGUUCUUUUCAGUGUCUCGCGGUAAAAAGGUGAUAGGACACCUGUUCAAAGUGCCUAAAUGAAGAAUUCAAAGUUUAUCCAAUGGCUUAAAAGGCUGAUGAAUGACUUAUGGCUGCGCUGAAAAAGGCCAGGAGCUAAAAAAUGAACGACAGGCGAUUUUCAAAAUAUAUGAGCAUGGAUGAGUAUUCGUGCGAAAUUCUCGGAUUGCACGAGUUUUCUUGAAGUAUUUUCACAUGCGUCUACUUUCUGCAGUUUUAAACUCGUUUGUCGCAUUGUGUAUGCGUAUACGUCAGUAGACCUCUUAAGACAAAGGAUCUGAAAGCGUGUGACAUGCCAGUAUCAACAAUCCAUGGCCCUCGCAGCCUGGUAUGCGCUGGCAGCUCCCUGACACCUGGUUCCCUGCCGCUAGAUGCGCUUGCGCUCCCGCUGGGGCAUACAGGUCGUGGGCAUGACUGUCCAUGCAUGAUCCUCGUCCUUCUGACCCCUGCUGGCGAAAAAUCCUGGUCAAGUGUAUAUUGUGGACCAGGGGGUAUGGUGACAAGCCUAGGUGCGGGUCUGGCCGUGCCAUCCACCUGCGUUCGCCUUCUGUCUCCGGUAUUUUAACUCUAUCUUGACACCGGAUCCGGGUGAGGAGUUUGGAAGAGAGAUCGCAGCAGAUGCUGCGCAAGUCUAAUUUCACAAUCAUUAAUUCACGCCCAAGUCACCGUGCCUGCUGCACCUUGCUGUGUAGCACACGGUGGACAUCGUCGGAAUCGAUGGUAGAACUAUCGGACCUCUAAAGUAACCUGUAAUAGACGUAUAGGAGAUAUCCAAAUUAUGAGAUAUGAAAAUCGGAGUCUAUGUGGUCCGUCCCCGACCUCUCAGGCGUUUCGCAUUUUGCUCAAUAGCCUAAAGCGUUGCACAACACUUUCUUAGUUCACAGAAUUGAUUCAUCGUUGGUUUAUCAACAAAAAUAUGUCCAUAUUAGUGUGGAAAUCGAGUCUUCUGCAUAUUCAGUCGCCCUCUGGCGAUGGAGACGGUGAGAGAGAACGUAUGCAGGUUGGCGCGUGUUUUAAUGGUGAAAAAUCUAACGCCCCACGAGUUUCGUACAGUUUUUUGAGCAAACUUAGUCACUGUUGGUGCGGAUCCCGAUGGGACAUAUGUGAUCGUCUGCCAAUGGAGAUGAACGGUGUUCCUUCCCUCCCUACAGCUGACGUCGUUUCCUCCGCUCCCGCUGGUCGCUAUUCGCUCGCGUCCUCCAUCUCCAGUACGCUCACUGGCCCUUACUCACAGUUGUUGACGGCGCUACAAUCCCCACUGGUGUCUAACUGAUAUGAUGUGACCAUUUCCCACUCCAAAUGAAUCAUUUGCACAAUCUCUCGCUAUUUCCUUGUGUUAGUUAUUUUUCACUUUUGCUACUCUAUCCACUUGUCUAUCGUAACAUAGGCUUCAUACGCUAUAAACCCUUUUUCUCAUUAUCUUGUAUGCAUGCCUGGUGUGGUAUUUAACGACUCUGUCCAGUGUAACAUAACCGGAAAUCUGCCCUAGGCGAUCUAUUCGACCUUGUGUGUAUAUUACCCUCGACGUCUUCGGCCACUACAAGAGCAUUCACCUACGUCCUGGAGGUUUGUCAAAAACAUUUGACGUCCUAAAAGUUGGCUCCUCCUUAUAUGUAAACGGGGUAGGCUCUAAUGUUAAUAACGGUGCUAUUUUUAGAAAAGCGGAGGCUCAUUCUUAUUACAAAUAGUUUUGAUUUCCAGAUGUGCGAACUUUUUCGCCCUAAAACGAUGUAUUAACGUUAACCGGCAAUUUAUUGUUUUUCAACAUUUCACUUACUAGGCAAAUGCGCGUUUCGUAGAAAAUACUAUUCAAUUACUUACAAGUGAAGUAUCUACCGGAAAAGACACAGUAAAUAUUGGUGACUCCCUGAUGAGCCGAACUCCUCGCAGUUGUGUCAUGCAGCGGCAUAAUGUGGGCGAAACACAUGUCCUGGCCAUUAGCUAAUGUCUAUGUGGUAAAUGAUUCAUCUGUUCCCUGUUGGCAGGUUAUUAGUAUUUCGCUGAAGCUGAUUGAUUUCGACACAAACAGUUAGAUCAAAUUUCUUGACUGAGCCUAUUAGGCUUUAAUUCGAAGAAGUAACCUCAAGUUAAUGCAUUGACUAAAUGCCAUUAUAGAAACCGAAGCGUAAAGGCAGUUUCUGCCUCAGUGAAAGUCAGUUCUCCAAGGUAUGUAUGCAGAAGUUCUUUUCAGAGGGACCACCGACCGAAAGACUGAAUGACAAUGCGACAGGUGAUGACGGAAUCUAAAGAUUAAAAGAGCCAAGACGAAGCGGACCGUAGAAUUAGAUACUAACUUGUCAUUCAAGUCAAACAACGACUUUCUUGAUCAAGGACUGUGGAGGGUACUGCCAACCCAAUGCGCCAUUAUCGGAUUUUGUGGCUUCAACGAGCAUUAGGGAUAGCUAUUUAGUAAUCUGUUAAACAAACUGUCCGAGUCACUUAAACAAGCUGGGUACUCUCCAAUUAAUAACCUCUGAGCAGAAACCUCCCAUAGUUGCACUAACAGCAACAUGGUUGACUGACGGAGUGGGACGCGCGAAAUAAGUAUCGGAGGCUGUCAAAUGCUCCCUCGUGACAGGAUUCAGCACAAAGAUGAAGACACCGGAAUUUAUUCAUCCCAAGGAUUUUUUCCGUUGUCAAUAUGAGAUAGCCGAUAUAGCAGUAUGAAAUUAUGAAAUUAUGUCACGUUUGAUUAAGAUCAGACAACAACCCCUUCACUUACGCGUUCUCUGUCGACUUCCUUGUUUGAAUGAAAGCUUCAUGGAAUUACUUAUCUUACUGAACUAGGCAUACAGGCCAGAAAACAACCUACUAAUGACUGACUCCAAAGUCUCUCGAAUAGGCUGGGAAAUUCCUGCAGCUAGCGCACCGACAGCAUCAUUUAGCAUUCGUUUUUAGACGGAUACCUUAUCCUAUCCACGGAUUCCAUAACCAGGCUGAGAGGGAACACUGUCCCAGCUAUUUAAAUCUCGCUUUAAUAACGAGAAAGGAACCAUGAUGGAAGUAAACUCGCAGACGACACUCAAACUAAGUAAGCAAAUCGCGUUCAGUUACGUACGUUCCCAUUUACUCUCCCCAUAGCCGACUUCCUCACAGACCGACCUCAGCGUGUGUGCAUUGGAUGCCACCAAAUCGGAGUGAAAAACCAUUCCCAGUGGGGUUCCUCGGGGAAGCGUGCAGCGUUUCAUUUUUUCCUCAACAUACGUGAACGAUAUUCUGAACUGCCGGACCUACGACAAGGUAAUGAUUUGAAAAUAUUGAAAAGCCAGUGCACGCGCUAAACUUGUAAAACAACUAAGAUUGAUUGCAAUAGCUGUGUGAUGACUGGCUUCUCAAACUCAAUUUAAACAAAUGCCAAUCCAUCCGAUCAGUGUCCGGUUACAGGAAGGAUUUCAGAUCUGGGUGUCUGUAUCUCCUCGGAGGUCACGAACUCGAGCUUGUAAACGAGGUAAAGGACCUAGGUGUAUGGAUAACGUCCACUCUCAAACCCUCGUCUCGCUGCGCCAAAGUAGCAAAGAAGGCCAUGAGUAUCCUGAAAGUGAUCAGAAGAUCCUUUCUUAACUUUAACGAAGAGCUUUUCGGUCAACUAUUUGGAACAUUAGUCCGACCGAUUUUAGAAUAUGACAUUCAGGCGUUGCGCCCCUGAAUAAAGCAAAAAUACACUCUCUUGGAGAAGGUGCAACGAAGGAGGACUAAACUGGUCGGCGGGCUAAAGAGCCAACCUUAUGAUGAACGGCUAGAAAGGCCAAAACACUUUCAUCUGUCUUAUAGGCAAUACAGAAGGUACCUAAUAAUGGUCUUCAGACUCGCCAGAGAGUUGACCGAUUUUUAAACUAGCACAAACGACAAAUCUCCGAGACCACCAAUGUAGAUUGAAGACAAAGUACGCUAAACUUGAAGUACGAGCCAACUUCUUCCCUCACCAGUUGAUUGAAAAUUGGAAGAAACUGCCUAAGUCGGUUGUUCUGGCGGAAACCGUUCAGGUAUUUAAAGGAAGACUUGAUUAAAUUUUAUAUGAUGUCCAUAUACUUACUUGAAAAGAACUGAUAAAGUGUACACGUAUAUCUACGUACACAUGUGCACGUGUUUUAAAUUGUCGUCCAGAAAUAGGGUUUUAAAAGUCUAUGCCUAUCUUCCUUACAUAUACUGAAUUAUGCUGAAUUGGAUCAAGUGACAUAAAAAUAUCUUGAAAAGCGAUUUUUGCGUAUUAACACUUGCAGCUUGGAAGGAAGUUGGGUUAUUUGACAGGAGUAAUACCUUAAAUUUCUGGCAGCCUCUUCAUGUGGUUAAACAGCGUCUUAUUUGAGUCUGCUAUCCAAAGAAAACUAGAAGAUCGAAUUCUUGACCUUCGCGGGUCAAUCCGACAACAAAAGGCAGCAUCCAAACGAAACAAAGGUUGUGGGAUAGGUAAUCCCAAAUUUGAAAUCCCACAUAGUUUGUCAAAUACAUGUAACAGGUUUAAGAAUACUGCAGGCAAAUACAGAUUACCAGAAGAUUCUCAAAGCAGCGACAGACAAGGGAAGUUAUUGUAUGCCUCAAGAAGUAUUUAGGGGCACAUUAGCACCAAGAGAAUGAAAAAGGAUGAAAUCGCUUCAUUCCAUUUUAGCAUCGAGGAUGUAUUAUCUCAAGGGCGCCAUAAAUAAGAAAUUUUGUCCUGGUUCUUACAACGGGUGUUUGUGGCAGAACACUUAAAGACUCUUCAGAGCAUAAGAGGAGAUAAGACGACAACGCCUUUGCAACUCUUCCCCUUACUUUCGAGGGCUAAGGUGAGUUUCGGUCAAAGUAACUCGAGCAAGUUUCCCAGAGUGACAUUUGAAGAAUUCUCCACCGAUCUAGUGAUCCCUCUUUCAUUUCUAUUCAAGCUCUGAACGUUAACAGAUAGUUUGUCUUCUAAGGGGAAACAGCCAUCGUAAUUGCGUAUAAGGAGGAGGUAAGCAAUGGUUGCAAACAACUUUAAAUCAACCAAUUUGUCCUCACUUUAUCAAAAAGCAACAGAAGUCCCUGAGAAUCAUCAUGCAGUUCAAUUUUGUAUUGGAAAUGACAUAGUACCGAAUUUUCGUCCUGGCUUUUGGCUGGGAUGUUCACGUUCCUUGAAUCGCCUGACUUCUCUGAAAGUCUGAGCUAAAGGCCCAGAGCAAGGUUCAAACUGUGUAAAGCACAUAUAGAUUUUUACGAAGCUUGCAACAGUGUCCCGCGUCAACGUAUUUUGCUCAAUCGAAACAACUUUAGCAGCAGUGGAAAGUUUCUGACCUGAAUAAAGGCACCUCUAGUUGACUGAAAAACACGUUUUUGUGUGUGAUGGGACUAAUCGAACUAGAUGAAUUUUAAAAAGUGCCCUCCUCGAAAUCCGUACUCGAUGCAUUAUUCGCCGCUCGGUAUUUUAACUACGGCCUUUAUAAACUAGACCGGGGUAAGAUCAUAUUGACUGGUGACGAUAGACUCUGGUAAGUAUCUAAAUGUUCAAAUGACCUGGCAGUUCUUUUAAAUAAACUGCACCGGCUGAACAUCUGAUCCAAGUGAUCGCUGAUUAAUUUCGAUGUACCAACCGUGUCAUCGUCCAUCUGCACUCAACUAAAUGCCACUCAAAAAAUAGGAUAAGACCAUGUUAUCAGAAGGGCGCUCAUUUGCCGAUAAGGUCUUCGCAGAAAGAUCGUGAUACUUAGAUAUGUUGUGAUUUAAAAACGAUCAUUGCGAUGCAUCAAGGCUCCGAAAAACGCUGUGGCGACACUUCACGCUAUCAAAUUGAAGAUCGUUGUUAUAGAUGAAAACAUUUUCGGGAGAGUGAAUGACACAUUCAUUCGUUGUAAAUUAGAAUGAAAUAUGCAUUAACGAAGUUCAUAAAUUGCAAUGAAAAGAAUAAAUCUUGAGAAGGUGCGGAGUCGAGCGAAAACACUGAUCAAACUUUGAUUAUUCCUAUCUCAUCCAGAAAACCUGAAGUGCUUGAGCAUAUGUCAUUUGAGUUACGAGCAGCAAGCGGGAUAUCUUAUACUGGUUGGUAAGGUUCUACAUAACCUCAUAAAGCGCUGUUUUCUAUGGACACCUUUUUCUUGCAUCUCUCACUCCCUUUUGAUGGGCAUUUAGAGGAACUGCGCGUGACUAUGUUCGGUCUGAGUUCUUCACACAGUGGGUAGUGGAAAAAUGGAAAUUACUCACCCAAUAAGUUUAAUUUAAUUUAUUAAAUGCCAGUUAACAGGCAUUGUUAAGGGAAGCGAUUAAACACAAAUCCGACCAGCAGUGAAAAAAAACUCCUGAAGAAUAAAAAUAUAGUUGAUGAUGGUUUUUAUGGUUUGAAGGGUUCAGGAGAAAAAAAACUGCUGACGGUAGAUUUUCGACCUUCAAGAAAGGGGGGAGGGGGUUGCGCGGUAUCGGAGAUUAUCGGACGUCAAUUCCUUUCAUGAAGUUGGGGAUAGUCAAAGUAGAGGCGUUGAGGAACAGCUGGUGAGACCGGUCAUUGUGUUCAGAGACCACAAACGCCAUCACUACGGUACAGUCGAUAAGAGUUUUUGGCACCCAAAAUUUGUGGGAGCUUUUCUGAAUGCAAAAAUCGCAUAAUAGUUCUCUUAAAUAAAGGAUAAUUUUGCAGAGUUUUCACACUCAUGGUUAGUUUAUUCCAAAUAGCAAUUGCAUUUACAGAAAAGAACCGACGAUAUUUAACAGUACGUGCCAGAGGCAGAAAUAAAAAGACCUCACGGUGACUGUUACGUUGUGGGUGGAUAUGAUGUCUUAAAGAGGUGAGUGGGUUAAAUGUGUGAUUAUAUAAGAGCUUAAAUAGCAAAAAUAGUCCCUUUUGUAAUGUACAGAACCAUUAAGAAUCAAGGCCCGUAAGCCGGCAACGUUCUUGGUAAGACAAAUGUCGGUGUUCCGCGGCUAAAAUUCUCUUGGUAAAAAAGUGUUGAACGGAUUCUAUUUUCUUCCGCUCAGUAGCACGCAUGAGGCUAAAUAAAAACGAACAGUAUUCCAGGCCAGGUCUAACGUACAUGUUGUAAAGGCGCAUUCUGAUGUCCCUAGUUUUAAAGUUUCGGAGGACAAACCCGGUCGUUCUGCGUGCUUUGGAGACUAUCAAGGCACAGUGCUCCGAGAGAUUGAGACUCUUGGAGUAUGAUAUGCCCAGAUCCUUUAUAACCUUGGGCACAUUUAUGGAGUGACCUUCAAUGUUUAGUUUAGGUUGGUGGUCGUCGCCAACCACCAUGACUGAGCACUUAUGCCAAGAAAGAGAAAGGCGCCAUGUGCGGCACCACUGGGCGAAAGCCUGUAGAUCGCUCUUAAGGAGCUCAUGCACGAUGUCACGAUCUGCCGGCUUAUAUCGAUAUGCACCUUUAAGAUCAUCGGCACACAUGAAAGGCUUACCAUUCUGGAAUAAAUCGGGUACAUCAUUAACGAACAGGCAAAAUAAAAGCGGGCCGAGUACACUACCCUGAAUGACUCCACUCCUCACACGUGUGGGGUUGGAAAUAGUAUUGGAAAUCUUAACUCGUUGCGUACGAGUGCCCAGGUAAGAGGAUAUAAAAUUCAAAAGUUUGCCACCUAUUCCGAAGGAGGACAGUUUCAAGAGAAGAAGAGCAUGGUCAACGCGAUCAAAAGCCUUAGUGAAAUCGAAAUAUACAGUGUAAAGUGCAAAACCAUUGUCCCUAGACUGGAGAACAUAGUCAAAGAAAGAGAGCUGACAGGCGUCACAAGAUCGAGCUUUGAUUAAUCCAUGCUGAGCAGCACUCAGUAGGUUAUUCACUGUUAAGUGACGCAUCAUUUUAUCUUUGAUUAAUGUCUCUAAGAUCUUCGAAACUGCGGGAGGGUGUUUAUUGGCCGAAAAUCAUCAAAUGAUGUAGAUUUGCCGUGCUUAUGAAUGGGCAGAAUGUGUGAUUCCUUCCACAAGGUAGGAUAGGUUUCAGUUUCAAGAGCAAGAUUAAAUAUCUUGCAUAAGAGGGAUGGGAAGAUCGUAUUUGCAUCGGUUGCAGCUUGUCAAGGAGCAUUUGGAUGAGUAUAUGUGAUCCCUCAACACGCAAAAUUAAAGACUACACUAGAACACACAGACAAUUUCCUCAAGAACAUUUCUACGCAAACUUUGUGAAUAUUAAUUUCAUGGUGACUUUCUAUUCGAAAUCCAUGUAUAGUUAUUUUAAACAGACCGACAUGCGAAAAGUUGGUUUUCUAAGUAGUUCCUUAUAACCUUCAGAAAUACGCUAAGUUUUUCCCAUUCUCAACGGCUAACAAAUAAGUCCCAGAUGAUAUUUAAUGCUGUUGUUUAAGGACUUCUGGCCAACUUUUGUUGCCAAACGCGAGGAAUCGGACAGAAUGAAGUCACAAAUGACACCGCACACGACAUUCUUCCAACGACAGUGUAAUAAGACCUUCAAACUGCAGGAGAAUGCAAUAUCAUAAUUGGAAGAUAGAAGGUUACCAGACAUUACUGUGGCCUACAUUGGAUGGUGAUGAUAAUGGUGGUGAUGGAGGUGGAGGUGGAGGUAGUGGUAGUGGUAGAAGUAGUAGCACUAGUUGUUGUUGUUGUUGUUUUAGUGGCGGUAGUAUUAGUAGUAGUAGUAGUAGUAGUAGUAGUAGUAGUAGUAGUAGUAGUAGUAGUAGUAGUAGUAGUAGUAGUAGUAGUAGUAGUAGUAGUACUGAUGAUAAUAGUAAUAAACAAGGCCUUUUGUUGUGAGAAAAACGCGAACCACUGUGAAAGGUGGCGAAUUAUAGUAGAAAUUGUUUGCCGACGGCCAUCUGUCGCUCUACAAGCGAGUUCGAGGACCUAGAAAGAGCUUACUUGCUGAUCGUUUCUACAGGCUGGCCUCCUCCUAAAAAGUUUCCACGCCUCUUUUAACGUGAAGAAUUACAGCAUUAUUAACUAGUUGGGCUAAAAGUAAACUACGAUGAGCUCUCGUGACUGUACCAUUACCCAUUCAACCGCUGUUUCACUUUGUCUUCAUUACGGAACCUUGUGCUAAUAGGAAACUGCUCAGAAGUGAAUAGACUGAAUGAGCUUUCCUUAUACACAGAAACACGUCCUGGGGUUUUAGAAGCACUUCAGUUUUUAUCAUGGCAUUCGUAUGGUGCAGAUUGCACUCUGAGUACAUGGCAGAACAGUCGAGAUCCCCAGCGAAUGAGAAUUCGGAGAAAAAGGUUGCAGAUCUGUUUAACCCCUAUCAGAAACUCAAGCAUAUUUUUUUCACGGAAAUUAUGCAUAUUUGUCAUGACUUCAACACUUCCAUUGUCUCCAGUCCUGAAACUUAGAAUUUGUUUGGAUUCAUCAGUUUCGUGCAAAUUACAGGCUGGCUCGUUUUCGAUACUCGGACCUUGUGAUCUCGUUCAUCCAUUUAUUUUCUCCUUAAAACAAGUAAAUUAUCUAAUUAUUCCCGUCAUUUUAAACAACGCCCUUAUGGGAAACUUUUUAUGGUUUCUCCCGGGCGUCUUUGCUCGAGAUUAACAGUGUAGCCAAACUUCCUUGUUUAUAUUGUUUUGAAAUAAAUUAUCAUAAACGGUGCCCUUAAUCCAGUAUUCCAGAAAUCACAAUGAGAUCGCUUUUUGCAAGUACUUCACACAGUUUAUAUAGUCCAAGUCAGAGUGUUGUGCCCCAUAAAUAUAAAGAUAUCUGUACAUCUUUAUGCAUUUCUGCCAGAACCUGCAGGUAUAAUUAUACCUAAAAAAUUGGGCAUUCGAAUAUUUAGCGGACACCAAAAAUGUGAUUAACUGAGAGGCAGUUGCUGGUGGGUCAUCUAGAACACAAAUAAGGUUUAAGGCAAUCUGUAUAUUACCGUUAUGUUAGCACGGACCAUGGUAUCCUUUUCACGCACUGACGACUCAGUGUAAAACAUUUUACAAUGAUUAAUGACAUAUGCUACUCUUCGAACUUAUUUUUCCACUCUUGGCUUUAACAGAUUUCAAGAUGAUCCCCACUAAUCUCGCAUGAUUGCGUUUGCAAAAUAUAUUUUAAUGCACGCCAAAUACUUAGUUGCGUUCCUCAGUUUGUGUAUUACGGCCUCGAAUGUAACGUAAAAACUCUAAAUUAUCCAGUCCUUUAUUCAAAUGUAGAUUGCGGAUGGAAUAAUAAAAUCUUUCUGUGUGGUUCUAAGCUUCUUACAAUACUUCUCUGUCCUGCGCGAGGUGCAGAGACCAGUCAGUUUGCUAUCACUCUCAUGGGAGCGCCUUCUGGUAGGAAGACAUUGCUCAAGAGCCAUGAAAGUUGCUUGCAAGCAUUUUGGUAGUUAUAAGUUAACAACGGCUGACAUUUUUGGAGCUGCAGCUGAUCUGGUCCACGUAAUGAUCUGAUCCUCGUAAUGUAGCGGCUAGGUGGAGCGGUGUGUAGUCUGUGCUCAGUGUGCUACAAUCUUCCUGUUCAAUCACAAGUUUUAAGAAGACAGCAUUUGUCGGGAUGAAGGACUUAUUUUAUACAGAACCCAUAACUGUCCUCUCAGAUGGCAGUGGCCGCUGGCGAAGUUAGAGCUGGUGUUGACUGCGUCCAGUCAUGCCUGAGGGUUUUGGGAGAGUGGUGGCAGCCGCUUGUGUAGGUUCGUGAUCCAAGCUCAAGUGGUCUCCAAUCGGUGUGUGUCUGCAUUUGCCGAGGGGUGAUGUCCCAGUGGCUUAUGUUGCUGACUGCAGAGUGGUUGCACGUUCAUUUGACGCAUGGGUAGUCGCAACCCUGUACGAACGAAAGUAUGUUCAAGCUGAAGUCGGUCAAGUGGCCUCAGGCCAGCGCGUCUGAAACGGCUUGCUGCAGGGGGUGAAUGACCUUAAGGCAGCGAGGCUUUGAACAAUGACGCCAGACUGGCCGUGCCGGCUGCCCGCAACAGUAAUCUUGUUGGACGUUCGAUGAAGACACUAGAACAAGUUCUACAUAAAUUUAAACAUGGUCACGUUUCCUGCCCAAAUUUCACUGUCAUCCAUGAGCACCAGGUAGCUGUUAGGAAAAAUCUCUAGCAGGUCGUUGUUGUAAUUUGAGAGCACCUUCAUGCACCGGCGACUUAGAUGAUGCAUUAUCCCUCGUACUUUUGCUGCAGGUCUCGGGUUUUGAACAAUUCUUGAUCUGAUAAAUCGUAGUUGGGAUUUCUGUCCAUAUCCUGCAGGUACAACAAGGUUUUCCUCUGAAAUUUGCAAAGUAGCGAAUACGCUGUAAUUAUGUGAUAUUAAAAAAUUACCUGUUAUUAGUCAGACAAACAAGUGUGGUUCUAAAGACUUAUGCUUUUCAUUUGGCCGCAUAUGAUUACACUUAAAGGCAUUUACAGUAUUUUAGUGCUAGCUUUCAUGAUUAGCACGGGUAGCAAUGUAUUACGCGCGUUAGUCGGUUGAGUAGUGGAAUUUCUUUAACGACAUAUGCAUGUUUGGUCAGUAUGGCUUACAUCCAAUGCUGUUAUUUUGCUUCUUCGAUCAAUUCAAUGCUCAGAAAAUACUUUACUAAAAAACGACUCAUUUCAAUUGUAUUUUUAAAAGGAAGACAGCACGCUAAGGCAGCUUCAAAUCACAGGCCAAGGUCUCCUGUUUGCGUACUUUUUGCUAUACAAUAACUUCCACUCCUUUUGUAUGAAAACCAGAUGUGUUGUGCAGGAAACCAGAUUGGAUGUGACGCAUAGAUGGAUUGUUUAUUUCGUCAGUUGCUUGUGCCCAAUCUCAACAGCAGUUGACUGACUGGCUCGAAAAGCCAACUGAGACAUGGGAAACUGAAAACAGCGUGAGGCUGACCCCCACCCCAACGUCACAUCAGAGCGCUCUCUACCAUUGGCAAGCGUUUACACUUUUGAACCAUCAAUACGUGCCAAAAGUCGCGAUAUGAAUGGCUGCCAACUGGUGGGAUAACUCGGUUCCCUUAGAACGGAAAGUCAGACUGCAGUGAUUCCUUAAUAUGACCGAAAUUGCACUCCCACUCAGGUAGGGUCCUUGGCGCUCCGUUGUUCCUGUGAGGACCCGGCCCGUCCUUCUCGAACAGGACAUCUAUGGCACGCGUAGACGGGAUGCUUACCCUUGCCGGCCGCCGUACCGCAUCUUGCCAUCGGGUGAUGGAGAAGAGAGCGCGGCAAGUGCUGCCUAAGUCAUUGCUAUGCUCCUAUGUGCUGAGGCACCUACUGGGCAUUACCGUCUGCGAUGGUCGAAACUUUGGUAUAAGCAAUACAAUUUUUCGACCGAUUCCCUUCUGGGACCGGAAAAUCGGACCUUACCUAAAUGAAAGUCAAGUAGGGCCAGGUAUUAGAAGUCCCACUGUUUUUAAGAAGUUAGAGGUAGAUUCAGCUUUAAACCCUCCAUUUGCAGAUUAGCUAGUUGGGUGACACAUAAUAUUCUCGUUUUCUAAAAAUUUUAGUUUACGUUAAAACAAAAAACUGCUUCUAGGUCCGUAAAUAAUAUAUAGACGAAACUCUUCAAGGAAAUCGUUUUCUUGACGUCACGAAAUAUUGGGGACUCAGAGUUGGCGGAUUUCUCGUCAUAGGAAUUCACCUUGCGAAAUUCAUGACAUAUCGUGAGAUAUGUAACAUACUAGAAGUGUUUCAUGUUAGCUUACUAUUUCCUCUGGUCAUAUGGAUAGAAAUCUGGGAAACAACGUGUGAAGCCGUACAGAUGAUCCCAUAUACGAUAGGCAAGAACUUACUUUCCCUUCAGAUACCGCCGUUAAACAUGUGGAAGUAUCUUCGAUGACUUUAUUCCAGACUUCGGUCCUACAUUUUAACAUCUGGUUUCAAAACAGAAUAGCCAUCCUAUGCACCCAACACCUGUUACGCUUAACAGAAAAGGAAAGACGCUAGGUGAUUAUAUGACCAAAAAAAUCUGCUUCCGUCUGAUUUGCUGUUUUCACACAACCUGCGCCUUAGCUCCCACGUCACGCUUCAUGAAACCACCGUUAUCGCACUAUAAUUGUGAAUUCAGUACUCUGUACUGGAAUGCACAGGCUUUUUGCAUUCCGGAGAAAUAAUAUCUAUCAACUGUCUGCAAACAAGGGAGGCCGCUGUUUCCGUCUCUCAGAUGACGUCGAGAAUUAUUAAAAUGAACCACGCCCCUCAUUGUUCUCACGGCAGUAGUUCCUUCAAGCAUUUCUUAGAGAGCUUGAAAACCAAUAACUAUAACAACUUAAGGCAAAAUUGGAAUUUCUACUGUGUGGACAUCAACGAUUCCCUUUCGGUCGUUGUUUCCUGCGGAAACAUUCAAGUACUAAGCGACUCUAUCAUUAUUUCUUUAUAUUAAUAGGUAAUGCUGUAGUAAAAUAUCACUGGGACGCCUCCGCAUAUUCCUUUUACACGAUAUCUGUCAUGUGCAAGCACUCUUGCCUGUUAGUCACCGGUCACCUUUUGCAUUUAUGCUUGCGUCCGCUGUCUUAAAAAGGAUUCCGUUCAUUUUGUGCUCAAAAUUAUACAGCUAUAUCUUUUACACACUGCCUGCUGUUUCGAAUAUCUGUUCAACCUCUGACCCAUUGUGUUCACGUGGAGCUCUCCUUUUUUGGUGAGAGCUCAAUGACGAAAUUUUUCACGGUUAGAUUCCAAUAAGACAAUAGUGUCGUUUAUUUCCAAACGCCCAGCUGCACUUCGUCUUUAUUGGAACUCCGAAUUCGCACUUAGUUGCCGAAUGGACCCGCGCCUCUUAUUAAAUUUUGGUUAGAUCGCAGUUGGUAGCCAGGAAUGACGAGGCGGACAGCCAGGUCCCUGUCGGACGGGAAUGGUGGGAAAGGGGGGUUAUAAGGGUGGGAUUAAUGGAAGGGCUGGUAGAGGAAUGCUGGGGGUUCUCAGUAAAAGUAAAGUUAUUAGGGAAAGUGCUGGGAAGUUGUAAGGUGAAAUAAUGGCAGAAAUUUAAACCCUACGCUCAACCCUAAAAUACAACGUUGACCAGAACCGUAAAGCCUAACCCUAAGCCUCAAAACCGAAACGUAACCAAAAUCCUAAAAUAAGCACUAACCAAAAGUAAAGUCAUAACCCUAACCUUGACCCUAAGCCUAAUCUUAGCCCUAACCCUAACCUUAAGCCCAGCCCUAACCCUAACCUUAAGCCUAACUCUAACCUCAACUGUAACCCUAGCGGGAACCUAAACCCUAACCCUAACACUGGAACCUGACCCUUAAACGCAAACCCUAAUCAUAAAACUUAACCUACACCUAACCCUAACCCUCAUUUAACCCAACAGCCUGACCGAAACGGGCGACCUGCCUAACUCAGUAAGAGCACAUCUACUGAUAACAAGUUCCCUAGACAAGGUAAGCGCACCUACUGAUAACAAGUACGUACGUCGACAGUAUCAACGUAUAAUGUCUGGCUACCAACUGCGAUCUUACAUAAUUUUUUUUCAUGUGUAACAGUUUCAUGGAUGCUGA